CUCCGUCUUCUCCACAGGGUCUUCCACCCGUCUCUCCCCGCCGCCCCCUUUUCCGAGCGCGCCACUCUCCACCUUCUAGGCUCUGGACCUGCAGCCCAAACUAGCCUCGUACCCUCCGAGACCUUUGCCGAUGAUUUACUCGAGUACGCCUCUGCGGUCGAGGGUCUCAACGGUGCCCUCUACCAGGUCGCACUAGAACACCCCGGCGACGCAGACCAGACGCAAUGGGCCACGUCCUCUUUUCCUGCUUGUCACCUGCCGUCAAGCACGUCCGAGUCCUUCACGGUCCACCUCGACCAGCACGGCACCCCGCUCAGCCUCGACUACUUCCUCGCGCCCAUCCCGCACAACGGCGCGUGCCCGAAGCCCAAAAGCCGCAAGGCGAGCGCGAGUGCCGGAUCGAGCCCCGCCCAGUUCAGGCCGAUCGCCAACACGACCGUCGCGUUCCGGUUUCCGACGUUCCCACCGCUUCCGGCUCUCCGCGUUCCGCCACCCGUGACGGCCGAAGGAAAGCCCGUCGAGGCCGUGCGGGAGAAGUCGUUCAUCGAGAAGUACUGGAUGUACAUGGUAAUUGCGCUC